AUGAAGGAUCGUUGCGAACAAGGAAGUGAGAAUUCAGUUGCAAAGUGUCCGUUCCAGUUGCGAAUUCCAGAAGAAGAGCCCUCCGACAUCGGAUCGUACAACUGUUCGUCCAACCGGGACCGUCAUUCCAGCCAGCACCGUCAUCGGUACGUCGGAUCCGUUGUUCGCAUCCGUACUUCCGAUUUGCAGCCAGCCGUCGGAAGUGUACGCGACGCCGUCGGUUCUGAUGGUGAUGCGCCAUUCGGAAAGACUCGACGACUGCUGCUCCGGCUGGAUCGAGAAGUGCAACAAGGAGGGAAAGUACGAGCCGUUCGACCUAAACAUGCCCUCCCGGCUGCCGAUCGCCCGUCCGCUGAAGGACUUCACGAGGGACACGUGUCUCACGAGAAGCGGCGUCGUCCUGUCGCAGAUGGUCGGCAGGGGCCUGCUCCUGACUGACAACACUCCCGGUCAGUAGGGACCAGACCCGUGGCACUCUCUCUCUCACUUCCAGACCUCAUCUACUCUUCUCCCUCGCUCCGCUGCAUCCAGACCGCCGCGUGGGUCCGUGAGAUGUCCGGCAGCCGUGCCCUGGUCCGUGUCGAACCAGGACUGUUCGAGAACUUCCAGUACCCGCACGGCGUGCCCCGCUUCCUCACUCCGCUCCAACGGCACGCGUUCCCCGUCGACAAGGCGUUCCGUCCGUUCGUGAGUCUGGAGACGGUCACCGGACGGCAGGAGUCGAACGACGACUACAACGAACGCAUCAGGACGGUGCUGAAGGCGAUUGUCGAGCAGACGGAGGUGACGAAGACGGCGGCGCGGCAGCUGAAAGUGCUGGUGGUGGCGCACGCGUCGACGCUCGACAUGGCCGUCGGGCUGAUGCGAGAGAAGGCGCGCAAGACGGUCGAGAUGGAACUCGACAACAUCGCCAUCCCGGUACCGUACUGCGCAACCGCCUAUCUCAAAAAAGGUGAGCGCUCUUCCGAUGGCCUAUCGGAAUUCUGCCUCUUUCCAGAAGGACAACUACUGGGUGCCGGCGCCCCAUCAGCUUCCUCCCGUCACCUACGAAUUCCUCUCCACCCGGUACAACCAACACUUUGUCCACCGUCCAUGA